GCACUGACAGGCUAUCUGUCAAUGGUAAGCUCGAAGCUAUCAUUGGUCUGUAAUGGCCGACAGUCGCUUGCCUAGCAACCAGUCCAAGGUAAACAUUUACAGCUUCAAGGAUAUCGUUUUAUUUUUCAACAGCUUUUGGAAUUCUGGUGUAUAAGCAUGGCCAGCGCCACCGCCAAUAUGACCGACCACGAUCCCUACGCGUGUGACUGUCCAUGUCACGAUGAUUGCAAGCAUGCUCGCCUUCGCGAAGAAGCAGAGCGUGAGAGACUUGAGAUGGAGGAAUUCGAGAGAAGACGAAGGAUGCAGCUCAUGAGGAUGCAGCAACAACUUUAUGAUUCGAAGACUCCACCGAAAGGUCUGAUCAUGGUCCGAAUCCCCACAGCCAUGUUACAGCGUUUCAUCAACUCUAUCUGCUCGAGAAAGUCCGUGCUGAAGGUCUACGGGGGCAAGACAUUCUGCUAUGCCAAGGAUUUCAAAAGCAUUGGCGGUAGUGGCUGGGAGGAUGGCUUUUCACUUGGGAUGAUUAAGUUUGACAACUUCCAGAUGGCUAAGAGGUGGUAUGAGUCUGACACGGUCUGCAACCAACAUGACUGGCUUGAUUCUGCUGACAUUGUCACAGUGCCAAUGAGACAUGGAUUUAGGAAAGGCUUUGACUACUGUUCCAUGGGUACAUUCCUUAUCAAAGAUCCAGAGGUGUUCUACGAAGACUUCAUCAACAAGGUGUUGCCGGACUACAAGGCAGCGGGCGCGAACGUGGUUGUGGCCAGCCCCGCCAUUGACAAGUUCAGGGGCAUCUGGGACGCAGGCUACUUCAUGCUGUGUCAGUGGAAGAGCGAGAAAGAUUUCUUCAAAUACUAUAAUUCAGGACCAACUACUCAAACUGACAACUGGUUGCAAGAGAGCAGCUGCGGGUGCAUGACAUUAACCGAUGUGGAAACCAACAUCCCUGCCUCGGCAAGCUACAAGAGACCACCUAUCUGCCAGCAGCAUCCACACUAGAUACCCUCGGCUCGAACCAAUCCCUGCCUCGGUAACCUACAAGAGACCACCUAUCUGCCAGCAGCAUCCACACUAGAUACCCUCGGCUCGAACCAAUCCCUGCCUCGGUAACCUACAAGAGGCCACCUAUCUGCCAGCAGCAUCCACACUAGAUACCCUCGGCUCGAACCAAUCCCUGCCUCGGCAAGCUACAAGAGACUACCUAUCUGCCAGCAGCAUCCACACUAGAUACCCUCGGCUCGAACCAAUCCCUGCCUCGGCAAGCUACAAGAGGCCACCUAUCUGCCAGCAGCAUCCACACUAGAUACCCUCGGCUCGAACCAAUCCCUGCCUCGGUAAGCUACAAGAGACCACCUAUCUGCCAGCAGCAUCCACACUAGAUACCCUCGGCUCGAACCAAUCCCUGCCUCGGUAACCUACAAGAGACCACCUAUCUGCCAGCAGCAUCCACACUAGAUACCCUCGGCUCGAACCAAUCCCUGCCUCGGUAAGCUACAAGAGGCCACCUAUCUGCCAGCAGCAUCCACACUAGAUACCCUCGGCUCGAACCAAUCCCUGCCUCGGCAAGCUACAAGAGACCACCUAUCUGCCAGCAGCAUCCACACUAGAUACCCUCGGCUCGAACCAAUCCCUGCCUCGGUAAGCUACAAGAGGCCACCUAUCUGCCAGCAGCAUCCACACUAGAUACCCUCGGCUCGAACCAAUCCCUGCCUCGGUAAGCUACAAGAGGCCACCUAUCUGCCAGCAGCAUCCACACUAGAUACCCUCGGCUCGAACCAAUCCCUGCCUCGGUAAGCUACAAGAGACCACCUAUCUGCCAGCAGCAUCCACACUAGAUACCCUCGGCUCGAACCAAUCCCUGCCUCGGUAACCUACAAGAGACCACCUAUCUGCCAGCAGCAUCCACACUAGAUACCCUCGGCUCGAACCAAUCCCUGCCUCGGUAAGCUACAAGAGACCACCUAUCUGCCAGCAGCAUCCACACUAGAUACCCUCGGCUCGAACCAAUCCCUGCCUCGGUAACCUACAAGAGGCCACCUAUCUGCCAGCAGCAUCCACACUAGAUACCCUCGGCUCGAACCAAUCCCUGCCUCGGUAACCUACAAGAGACCACCUAUCUGCCAGCAGCAUCCACACUAGAUACCCUCGGCUCGAACCAAUCCCUGCCUCGGUAACCUACAAGAGGCCACCUAUCUGCCAGCAGCAUCCACACUAGAUACCCUCGGCUCGAACCAAUCCCUGCCUCGGUAAGCUACAAGAGGCCACCUAUCUGCCAGCAGCAUCCACACUAGAUACCCUCGGCUCGAACCAAUCCCUGCCUCGGUAACCUACAAGAGGCCACUAGUAUCCAUAAUCGAUCAACUAUUUCAGGGGGUGCGUUGGAGUCGGUUGGUACGAGCUGGGCCAGUUGCUCAGUCGCCGUAGAGGCAAUUAGCGCCAGCGUCAGCUUGACUAAACGUUAUCUGUUCCUGUAAAUUUCACUUGCAGUAGCAUUUGGACAUAACGUUAACCUUACUGCUCACACCGUUUGAGCAACUGGUCCUGGGCUGCACAUGUGACGUCUACAGUCAAAUGAGAAGUUUCGAAUUCUUCUAAGGGGAUAAUGAACCAUAUCAUAUUUUGUUUAUUCAAAAACGAGCUCAGCAGUGCUGGUAGAAAAUUUUCAUGUUGUGCAAAAACACAUUUCAGGAAAACGAUGUAGUGAUAUGUUAUACUUAAACAUUUGCAAUAAAUAGUUAAGCUGUACGUGUA